AUGAACUGGAUUAAGUCAACCCUAUCUGCCGCAGUGGGCACGCAGGAACCCAUCUAUGGGCCCGAGGCAAUCCAGUCCGUCGCUCAGCAGACGGCCGAGACACCCUAUACGGUCAUGACCAAGGACCACUUGAAAUGGAAGGCCUAUCAAUAUACCAAUGUCGAGACGCAGACCUUCUAUAUCAUGUCUGACAACGGGGACUUGGUCUUCGUUCAGAUCAUCUACAGCAACAUUGCGGGCAUCCACACGACAGCUCACUUCAACACCAAGAUCUUCAACAAGAACGGCAGCGAUGGGGAACAAAUUUGGUUCACCGAUGGUCUCAGCAACUUCAUGUUUGACGAGCACAUGCUUUCCUUCGGCGCCGAUAACCUGACUCUUACCCUGAACGAGGAGGGCGAUUCGUACCAUCUCAAGUCCACAGUCAACCCAGGCUGCCUUGUCGAUCUGAAGUUCACCCGCAAGGCCCCGGGCUUCGUGGUCGGCAAGGACGGCACCUCCUACUUUGGAACUGACCCCGCCAACCCCUGGGGCUCUAUGAGCCAUGCUUUCUGGGCUCGCUGCGCCGUUGAGGGCAGCAUCACCACCAAGGACAAGACUUAUGACCUGGCGGGUCGCGGAGUCUUUAUCCCCGCCCUACAGGGCAUGAAGCCCCAUCACGCUGCUUCCCGUUGGAACUUUAUCAACUUCCAAACCCCGACCUACUCCGCCAUUAUGAUGGAGUACACCACCCCACCCUCUUACGGCUCGACCAAGGUCAACGUCGGCGCUAUCCUCAAGGACGAUGAGAUCAUCUACGCCGGAACAACGAACGCCGUCACUCACACCGCCUCGGAGCCUGAUGCUACAAGCGACUGGCCUCAGCCCACUUCCAUCAAGUGGGAGUGGACUGGCAAGACCGCCGCCGGCGAGGAAGUCUCUGCUAUUGUAGACGGCCCCCUCGGAACCCGCUUAGACCGUAUCGAUGUCAUGGGCGAGGUCCCUGGCUUCAUCAAGGCCAUUGCCGGCAGUGUUGCUGGUGCCCGACCUUACAUCUUCCAGUUCUCGCCCAAGGACAAGCUCUCAUUGAACCUCAAGAUCGGCGACAAGGAAGUCUCAGAGGAGGGCUUCAUGUUCUCUGAGUCGACUUUCAUCUCGUGA